UGAACAAGCGGGAAAAGAAAAAAGAAAACGUUCCUGAAUUUUUGAAUGGAUACUGAAUGAUCCGGUCUGAGAGUAUAUGCCUGGCAUAUUCUGUCCGUUAUCAGCGAAAAAUACAAUGUUUUUAUCAGUAACUUUUUUGCUAUAUAUAGUCAUGGCUAAGCGAAAAAGCUUAAGCAGAACCAAAUAUUACGUUCGUUAUAGCGUCGAGGAUAAGCAAUGCUUCGAAUAUCGUACUGUAAAUAAAGAACCAUUAAGUUAUAAAUGCUUUUUAUUGAUAUUAUCUAUUUUGACUGUUAUUGCUUUUCAUCUGGAUAUGUCUAUACUGCUCCUUCAAAAGCUUUUAAGUCCUGAAAGACAGAAGGGAAGAUUACAACUAGUUCUAAAAGAUAAAAUGUUCGGCGUCCGAAAGUCGACGAUCUGUCUAUCUCUCUCUCUCUCUCUGGGGAGCAUAAAAAAGAAGCUAUCCCUGAAGCAACAAUUCGAUUUAAGUGAUAUCCCCUCCAAAUCCUAUAUUAAGGUUGAGUGGUUGAUAAGACUGGCUUCUGGUUAUAAGGUUGGCUUGGUGAUUUGAGGGAAUAAAACGUAACCUUCACACGUAGAUUAUAAAAGCAUAAUAUGACUCAAAAUAUAAUCCUUACCCGGAUUACUUAUUGGCAGUAUUAAAAAAUUUACAGUGUUCGGAACAUGAUGUAAUAUAAGCGUCGCUCACUCUAUUAGAAUGUUGAGCUUAAAAUAUGAGAUAUGCAGUGUUUGAUUUGCAAUCCUCUACGGGGAAAGUAGCCGAACAAGCCGUAUUGUUUGAAUCAGUCAGCAAGCAUAUUUAUACAUGACCGAUACCUGCAAUAAACAGUUAUUCUCCUUUUUUUUUUUUUUUCUU